AUGGGUGCCGUGGCGGGCAGUGUCGGGCGGGCGUGCCUCGGAGCGGCGUCGCUGCUCCUCCUCGGCGUGACGCUGCUCCCCCUCUCCUCGAUCGCAAGCCAGCCGGUGGAGGCGCUCGUGCCUUCCGUCGCCGGGCUGCGGCGCGCGACACUCGCGAUGCACGCGCGGCUCCGCCCGUUCCACGCGACCUCCUCGUACGGGCUCUUUCGACGCAUGACCGGCGUGGGGCCCCGUCGCAGCGAGGGGGUGCCCGAGGCGUGGGGCUGGGGCGGCCUCCCUCCGUCCAUCGUCGAGGUGCCCGCCGUCGCAAUCGAGGGCCACCCGAGCUUGCGGGGAGGCGGGGGGGCCGCCGAGGAGGGCUGGAUCGAGAUCCCCUUCCGGUACGCGCCAUUCGGCGAGCGGCGGGCGCCGCGCCGCACCGCGCCGCACCAGCCACGCCUCGACUGGCAGAUGUGGUUCGCCGCCCUCGGCUCGUACCAGCGCAACCCGUGGCUGCUGCAUCUCGCCUACAAGAUCCUCUCUGGCGGCGAUGGCAGCGCGACGCUCACCCUCCUCGACACCGCGGCCUACCCCUUCCCGCCCGAUCGGCCUCCAGCACGCGUGCGGGCAGUCCUCUACCACAUCGACUUUACGCGAGUGCCCUCUCCAUGGGCCAACCGCAUCCCCGGCGUCGCCCUGCAGCCCGCACAAUGCGGGUGGGCGGGGCCCUACGCGGCGCUCAAUGCGAGCAGCCGGUGUGGCCGCUGGUGGCGGCGGAGGCGGGUGCGCGAGUACUUCCCGCCGCUCGACCGAGGCUCCCUCGAGGAGUUGCUGAUCAAGCCGAGGGGGUGGCCCAUCUUUGCAGACGCUGCGGCGCGGCAGCUUGACCCGUGCCGGGACCGAGCUGGCGAUGCAGGAGGGAGUGACCGCGCGCUGCCGGGCCCUGUCUGCGACGCUACCGUGCUCGCGCGCCGUGCCGCUGCGCCGCUGCGCCGCUGGGUGGGCUGGGAAUUGGGCGGGCUGGUGUUUUUGGAUGCGCCGCUCCUCGUCAUUGCGGCGGCGGCGGCGCUUGCGCUCGCACUCGGAGCCGCCGCGCGUAGCUGCGGCGGCGGCUGCGGUGGCAGGCGCAGGGGUCAGGCUGCAAGUGGCGUCAUGCUGUAG